AUGGCUUCCGAGGAUACCAGCGUCAAGGGCUUCACGGAUGGCGAGACCAAGCUUCUUAUGUGCAUGAUCAAGCACCUUCAAGGCGACAUCCCUACCGACUACGAUGCCGUUGCCGCGGAAAUGGGCUACAAGGAUGCAAGCAUUGCCAAGACUCGAUGGGGUCAAAUCAAGCGGAAGAAGAUCAACACCACUGGAGACAAUCCUACUCCUAAGAAGCGCAAGGGUGCGACUACGGACGGCGAUGACGCUGAAAACGGCGCUCCGAACCCAAAGAAGCGUGGGCGCAAGCCUAAGACCACGAAGCCGGACCAUGACGGGCUACCAGUCAAGGACGAGGUCGUUGAAGAAGCUGAAGCUGUGGAGAGCACAGAGAAGGGUGGUGAUGGCGAAUUUACUUGA